AUGUAUGUAUUCCCUAACCCCUAUGGCCCUAUUCCCCUUAGUUUUUUUGAAUCUGUGGGCUGUGGCUCUGUCUUUGCAAAUUGCAAUUAUGGUGAUGCUGAUAAUAUGGUGAUUUUUGAUAUGAUCUGUGAUUUAUGGUUAACAGAGGCAAUGCCAGAACCAGAGGAUAAUAUGGAUUCAGUGGGCACUGGCACUCAAUUUGAUAGUCAGGAGACUCAGGCAAUGGUAAUGGUGCCAAUGUCAGUAGUUGAACAACCAUCACUUGAGACUCAGGAGCAAGGCAAAACCGAAGGAACUAAAAAAGUGGUCAUUGAUGUGGAUGAGAAGGAAACUGAAAAAACUCAGAGAAAGGAGUUGGCACCAAGGUCUGAGAUGUGGCAACAUUUUAUCAAGAUCAAGGACGACAAAGGACUUUUGAAGGCUCGAAGGUGCAAAUAUUGCCACCGUGACAUCAAGGCUGACACAAGGGGACAUGGAACAUCUGCAUUGAAGAAACACUUUGGUACAUGCAAACGCAAUCCUCAUGUUUUCAACAAGGACUCAAAGCAAGGCACCUUGCAAGCAUGUCGGGGGGAAGCCCCUACCACUUGGAGGUUUGAUCAAGAAGCACUUAGAGAAGCCUUUGCUGAGAUGGUAAUAGAAGAUGAGCAACCCUUUUGUUUUGGUGAGAAGCCUGGCUUUAGGAAAUUUAUGUCCAAAGCAUGUCCUCGAUUCCAAUUUCCGUCUAGAAGAACUUGCACAAGGAACAUUGUACGUCAUUACUUUGAAGAGAAAGCCAAACUGAAGAAGUUCUUCAAAGAUUCUUGUCAGAGAGUGUGCCUCACAACAGAUUGUUGGACUUCUCAGGUUCAAGAUGGAUAUAUGACUGUUACAACAAUUUUCAUUGAUGAAAACUGGAAUCUGCAUAAGAAAGUGAUAAGUUUUUUUAUGGUAAAGGGUCACAAGGGGGAGGAUAUUGGGAAGAACUUGACAAGAUGCUUAGCUGAUUGGGGUUUGGAUAGAGUAAUGACUGUAACAGUGGAUAAUGCAAGUACCAAUGACAGUGGUGUUGAUUACUUGAGGAGGCAGCUGCAGAAAACCAACAUUGCCAAGGGCAAGUUUUUGCAUAUGAGGUGUGCAGCCCACAUUAUGAAUCUUAUUGUAAGAGAUGGAUUACAAGAAGUGGAUCUCUCUAUUAAGCGUGUUAGGGCUGCUAUUAGAUAUAUAAAAAAUGGGACUUCAAGAUUAGUCAAGUUUAAAGAAAUUGCUGAGGAAGAGAAAGUGGACAGCAAAGCUUUUUUGAAACUUGAUGUUCCGACAAGGUGGAAUUACACAUAUUUGAUGUUGAAGGCUGCAAUUGUGUAUGAGAAAGUGUUCUUAAAGUUAGAUGAAGAUGAUACCAAUUAUGUUAUUGAUCUGUCUGAAGCAAGGGAUGGUUUUGGGCAUCCUGAUGAAGAUGAUUGGGACAAUGCAAAGAAGAUGGCACAAUUUCUACAGCAUUUCCAUGACCUUACUAUUUGUAUCUCUUCUUCUCUCCAAGUCACUUGCAACACUUUCUUUCAUGAGAUUGGAGAAGUCCAUUUGUUGAUUCAAGAAUGGCUGAACAGUGAAGAUAAUUUGCAAGUAUCAAUGGGGAUGAGAAUGAAAGAUAAAUUUGAUAAAUGCUGGGAACUUUGGCACACCAACAGCAAGGACAAUGACAGGCAGCAACAAGAGCAAGAUAGGGAUAAAGGGCGGAGCAAGGGCAGGGAGAAGGAGAAGAAGGACAAGGAGAACAUCAAUUUAUUCAUAUUUGUGGCUGCAUUCCUUGAUCCAAGGUACAAGUUAUCUUUGUACACAAAGAUUAGUGUUGAAGAGAUAUUUGGUGAGGAAAGAUGUCAAUUGGUUUGGGCAGCAAUUAAUACUUGUGUGAGAGAGCUGUUUGAAGAAUACAGAAACAUGUAUGCUCCAAGUGAAGAAAUAACUCAAGUAAUUGAUGCUGAUCAAUCUAAGGGAGAGUGGAUAGAAGAAUAUGGCGGCAAAGGGAAAAAGAAUGAGCAGACUUCUGUCGGCACCUCCAAGUCACAAACACCAAGCAGCAACAAUCAGGCCUCUGAACUCUGA